CUUCCUCUCUGCGCUCAUUCUGCAGCCCUCCAUCCAAGCCCACAAGUUUGGAAAAAUAAUGCUGGGAGUUUAAUCAGUCUGCAGAGACGGGAUGGAGCCAGACUCUCCCACGUGGGUCGGCUCACCUUGCGGUUUCCACGGACCGUAUAUAUUCUACAGGGCUUUGCGCUUUGUGCAGGAUAGCCAGAAACGGCUUCUGUCCCUCGGAGACUUCUUCUUCGUGCGCUGUGCGCCCGGAGAGCCGCUGUGCGUGGCCGAGCUGCAGCUGCUGUGGGAGGAGAGGAGCAGUCACCGACUCCUGUCCAGCUCCAAACUUUACUUUCUACCGGAGGACACCCCGCCGGGGCGGAGUGUCAGCCACGGUGAGGAUGAGGUGAUCGCAGUGUCUGAGAAGGUUGUAGUUCGAGUGGAGGACCUGGUUAAAUGGACGGUGUGGGACCACCACGCCUGGAACAGAGGGAUGAAAGCUUUACCCCUGAAGAUCGGCACAGUGAACUCAAACAGAAACAGGACGGACUCUGUCCUCCGUCACCACGACUCAACUCUCAGCUGUGGCCCCCACUUCAAAGAUGUCUUAAAGGAGAAAGCAGCUCUAGGUGAAGGCUUGGACCAGAAGCAAGUGCUGGUCCUGUCCUACCCCCAGUACUGCAGGUACCGCUCUGUUGUGGCCCGGCUGUAUGAGCAGCCCAGAUCACUGCUGGCCAACCAGGUGGUUCUGGCGUUGGGUGGCAUCGCAGCACUGUCCGAAAACACACACAUCCUGUACUGUCGAGACACAUUUCACCACCCCACACUACUGCACAACGAGAGCAUAUGUGGUGAAUUUGCUCCCAACCUGAAGGGCCGUCCCCGGAAAAAGAAGCCAUCAAACUCUCUAUAUUGUGACUCACAAGGUCAGACUGGGAGGUUGGAGGCUAAAGGUAACUGUCAAAUGUCAGUGUCUUCAAAAGAGACUGAAGCAACAGCAGGAGAAACCACAGUCAAGGUGACGGCAGACCAAGCAGGCUCGUCCAAACAUAAAACCAGCAACUGUAGUGAUCGCAGAAAUCACGGCAGGCAGACCACAACACUGGUGCUGUCAGCAGAGAGAAGAAGAAGAGGACAGGGGGUGCAGCACAGAGCAGAGGAGCAGGCUUUCCUGGUGGCUCUCUAUAAAUAUAUGAAGGAGAGGAAGACACCAAUUGAGAGGAUCCCCUACCUGGGCUUCAAACAGAUUAACCUCUGGACCAUGUUCCAAGCUGCUCAGAACCUGGGAGGAUAUGAACUGAUUACAGAACGCAGACAAUGGAAGAAGGUCUAUGAUGAGCUUGGAGGAAACCCAGGCAGCACCAGCGCAGCAACCUGCACACGUCGACACUACGAAAGACUCAUCCUGCCCUAUGAGAGGUUCAUCAGAGGGAAGGAGGAAAGACCCCUCCUCCUUUUCAAAUGCAGGAAAACAGAGGCAAACUCAAGCAAAGGACCAUCCAGUUGUAUCUGUACCCCCAUCCUGACCAAGACCAAGCAACGCCCUGAGAGGAACUACGACCUGGAAACCAAAGACCAGGAUCACAGCAGAUUAGAGUUGAUGGAACAAAAUUCUAAGCUGAAACUUGAACCCCAAAUCUGCAUAACUCGCUUGGAUUCUCUACAGCCUCCACAAAGUAUCAGAAAAAGACAGAGGCAAACACAGGAUUGUCAGAAUGAUAUGGGAAAACAGCUGAUGCUGCAACACAAAGACGAGGUGAAGAGGAAGAGGAGGUACAGCGGGUGUGACCCAUCCUACUUGACAACUUCUCCAAUGGCAAUGGACGACAGGAGUGUGUUUCCACUGACCACUCCAAAGAUUUUUAACCAUGCCCACUCAGCGGUGGACCUCUGGCAGCACCAGCAAGCACCAUUACAGGACCAGUGUCAUGUUGGGAAACCAAGACAUGCGCAGUCUCCAACAAUCCCAGAACCCCCGGGUGAACAAGCCGAACUACCAACACCAGAGGACAUUUCUUCAGGCUUUGUCACUCUUUUCAACUCCUCAAGGGUUAGCAAGGUGAUUACGUCUCCACUGGCCAAGAAAAAGCUCUUCUUGCAGGUCAGUAGUACUGGAUUACCUUCUCAAGACAACUGUCAUUCCAACCUUGCCCAGCCAUCUCCACUUAUUACUUCUACUUUAACCAACUGUAUAAUGGAAGAGGCAGCAGAGCAACCAGCACUACCCACAGAUCCCUCAGUGGUGGUGCUCAGUCGGCCUUCUGUGAUACAGCAUGUGCAGAGUUUCAAGGCAAGAGUCCAGAAAGACAGAGCGAGACUGAUUAAAGAAAGCACUCCUCCCCCUUUAUUUUCUCAUGAACAGCAUUUCCAUUUUACUCCUGCUUGUCAUGCUCACUCACCCGUCCUAUCCCUUCAAAAAUCAAGCUGCACACCUCGAGGCUUCUCCACUGGCCUUUUCUCAUCCUUCUCACUCCUUCAUUGUUGGCACAGGGCAGCUGAGAAAGCUGAUGCAAAAGUCAAUGCAGAGUUAGUUCAUGAUGGAUCUAAACGACCCCAAGAGCAAGGAGCUAGCCUCUCAAUAGACCCUGAUAGCUUGGUGGGAUUCCUUCAGUCUGCUAAAGAUCCAAAGUACUCCACCCUGACUGAUCAGGACAAAUCUUCCAAUCCAAAAACAACAGCGUCUGAUGAUCAACCCACAGAUCUCAGUCUCCCGAAAUCCUCCCUUAAACCACUUCACCAUCCCUACAUUUCCUGUCCACUCAUGUGUUCCACAAGGUAUCAGGAGAGUAACUCAAUACUCUCUCACAAUGCAUUCACAGAGGUCAACGCUGGACAUUACUCUCAAGCAAGGCAAGUGCCCCCACUGACUGCAUCUCCUGCAAACACACCCAAUCCCAGACAUGACCCAACUGUUGAACUCAAUGCUUGAGUCACUGAGGAAGUAGUGGAUGGUACAGUCCACAACAGAGGAGUGAAGAAACAGAAAGUAGGAGAUGAGGAAGAGCAAGAACAAUUGGAAACUGCCCUUUGCCACAAAUGAGAGAGGACUUAGGAUCACAGGUUGCACUUCACAAUAACUGUGUUGCACUACCCCUUCAACAAGUUUGGAAAGAGCAGGUCAAAAAGAAGAAGGCAAGCAGUUACAAUGACUCCUAAGGAUGCCCCUUCCUUAUCUCGAACUACAAAGAUCAAGACACCUAAAGAGUUGGACGACAGUUUUGUGGGAGAAAGUGCAGAGAGAGGUGCAGUGAGAGGUGUGUCCUCUCCCCUCUUUCUUCUCAACCCUGCUUCUCCUCAAAUCUACCCCAACAUCCUUAACCUUUCAGGAACCCUUGCAUUUUUCUACGUUCAACACCUGUGGAGACAUACCUUGAGCCUUCCCCUAACUAUGGACCAGCCCCUUUGUUCAGACUCCCAUCUCCAAAAUCCACUUCAAUACUUGAAUACUCAAUCAAGUGACAUCAAUCAACCAAUUUCCAUCCAUUCCUCAACCAUACAAAGGCAGCUAUUGGCUCAGGAAGCUGCCAGUCCAAUAAAUACCUACCAACAAACAUAGUCAGUCAACCCAUAACCCACCUUUAGCCAGCCACAAUUAAACUCUGUUCACCCCAACACCCAGCUGACAUAAUAUAACAUAAAGGCUGUUGCACUUGACAGUAGUCUUACUUGCGACUCAAGGCUGAUUGUCUCUUAAAUUGCUGCAAACAACAAGUGCAUGGAUCCAACUUUCACAAGACUCGUGAGCUACACAGCACUUGCAUUUUACAUAAAGUUGUCUGUGAAGACUCACAGUCAUCUAGGUCAUGGUUUUGCAAGGAGAGUUGAAUCAAGGACAACUGGCCUUUGUUGUAGAAAAUUGAAAACAUUUUGCCUGUCAUCCAAGGGGCUUCUUCGGUUCUCACUGAUGGGGAAUCUCAGGUAUUUCAUUUCUGUGGGGUCAUGGUCAUUGAAGCCAUUUGGGUGUGGCUGGCUGUGUGAAUGACAGAUGUUACAGUUGUCACAUGCGGUCAACUGUGAAAAGUAGUUAAAUCUCCAAAGCAUAAAUUUCAAAUUGGAAUUUUCAGCGUAACAACAUUUUACAUGGAUUGACUUUUUUCAUAGAAGAUAUUUAACACAUCACAGCAGGAUAAGCACAGGUGUGAAUAAUCAAUUUCUUUGUUGAAUUUCAUUGAGCUGUUUAAGUUCUGUACAUCACGGUAAUGACGGGAAGAUAGCACCAUGGCACCAUAGUUUGUUUCACCCCUGUGAAAAACACUAUUUCAAUGCAUUUGUGAGUGUUUUCUAUCUAAGUCAAUCAUGACUGGUGACACAAUAAAUGCAAAAAAAAUGUGCAUUUAUUGCAGCACUUCUGGAAUACUAGAAGAUACUGUAGAUUAAAUAACAGACUUCCUGCUCUUUGAAGUGGGGUGUUUUAGUGUUUUGGCCUCAGUCUUGAAGGCCAUCUCAGUUCUGCAAACUACCAGAUGUCACUAUGCUGCUGCCUUCAAUGCUGUAAAGCAAAAGGCUUCAUCCACCCAACACCAGCUCACUGUCAGCCUUACCGGGAUGUUGAAGCCUGAUGUUGUUAGUAACAUCUGUACUUUUCCUACUAUGAGGAGACAUAAUGUCUGCUGUGUUCAUGCUCUGUCAGCAUGAGUGUAUUCAUGGAUUUUGUUAUUUCAUGCCUUUUCUCACUUUUAUAGAUUAAGCAGAUUUCAUGCCUGUCCACCUUAAAGACAAAAUGUAAAUGUAUGCAUCUCCAGCAUCUUCACAUAAAGUAACUGCAAAAACAAAUUUAUCCAGCAAACUCACACAAAGCAGGCAGCACUGUAAUAUCUCUUCAGAAGCAGUCGGGAUAGACACACCCAACAGAAGCACUGUCUUUAGCUGAUCUUACCCUCUCUGAUGAUCCCUCGUCAGACUGACUCCAGAACAGUUCACUGCACACAUUCGUAUAUAUAGACAUGGCUGCUUGUGUCACAGACUUUCUGUUUACAACAUUCUACUGUCAUGUCCAUACUCGAUAUUCUAAAUUUCAUAUAUUUCUAUAUUAAACAUGUGUUGUUUAUUAUGUUGUUGGCAUGUUUAGUUACAGACAGCCAUCAGGCAGGUUAUUGCAAAUGCCCCCUGUAAUGUUUCCUUCUUUCAGCAAACAUUAUGAGACUUCAUCAAUUUUGCACAGUAAAACAGGCUUACUGUCUAACUAAAAAUAAAUGUGACGAGCAUUAUUUAGCAUUAUUUAUGGCUUCUGGUGGAUGAAAAGACUGCAGAAAAGUACCCUAAGGUUGGAAUGAUUCUAGCCAUAACCCUCUCAUAAGGUCAUAUUCAGAUCAUGUUUCAAUUGUGAUGUGAAACCAAAUGUAAAAAAGAUGACAAAUUCUCCAAGAGCACCAAAUAUCAGACAGACAGAGUUAUUUACCCAGGGAUAAUACACAGAUGCUAUGACUCUGGACAGAAGCUUGCUUUUACACUGUAAUUGUCAUAUUUUGUGUAGAAACACACAUUUGUCACAUUUUGCAAAGCAAAAUUAUUACAAUACAUAGCCAAUUUAAAAUUGUACAAUAAAUACAAAUCUCUGAAGACCAUAUAGAUACCCAAGAGUCCAUGGAAUUUGUAAAAUGAAUAUACAGACUUCACAAAAAUCAAUAAUUAAAUUCUCUACAGUUUCCCUACAUAAACACAAGCUUGCACAGAAAAGGUGACACAAAACUGACAGCAAAGUGCUGCUACGCUGGUUUCUUGGUUUCUUCUCAGUGUAUUUGACUUGAUGUCAAUUCAAAUACACCGUGAAUGAAGCUCCUCUGGAUGUGUGGCGUCCAGAGGUAUGACUGUAGAGUGAGUAAAAAAAAGUCCUAAAGCAGAAACUGCAGUCUUCACAUGUGCCCAGUGAAGACCCUGUGAACUAUCUUUAUGGAGAUGGCCCAACAACUUCAAAACUCCUACAUGUGUGCACAAACCAUUUUACGUCUGACUGCUUUGAGACCAAUACAAAGCAGGAUUCACUUUAAAAACUUUGAAGCUGACGGGCUGAUAUCAAUAGAACCUGUCAGUUUUGCCAAGUGUAUGCUGCAUUUCUCUUUAUUUUGCUGGUUAGUCUGUUGAUGGACAUUCAAGAAAAAACCAAUAAAGCCAAUAAAAGAAGCAGAGUGGUAGCUUGGAUGUGGGAAUCUGUUUUUUU